UAUAACAGUAGGGAGAUUGCUGCAACUUGUCUGUAACCUGUAUACAGCCUGUACAGGGCCCAGCCUAACUGCUGUAGUGCUAGGUACUCUUGUGUCGGCCCUCCUUAUAAAAAACAGGAAAUAAUGGAGCUAGUAAUGGACCAAUUCUCGGCUACAGUGUAACAUGGAGGCUAGCUGUGGGAGGUUUUCUAUGAUCAACAGGAUGUCGAAGUGUUGAGAAUGAGCACCAUGACCAGAUAAUGGCGGAAUGUUUGAACAAGAGCCUUGAUAAUGUAACGGCGCCGGUGACAACACUGUCGGCAGAAGCCAUAUUGGAAAAAACGUUUGACCACAUUUUCAUGGAGGUGGGAGUUCCAACAGUGUGUGCCUUCGGACUCGUAGGCAACGUGCUAAACCUGAUGGUGCUGACGCGUGAAAAAAUCCACUGCACCCUGACGAAGAUGGAGAAGUCGGCCCACAUCGGACUGAUCGCUCUGGCAGUCUCCGAUUUUAUGUUUUGUUUUUUGGCACUCAUGUUCACCAUCCUGCCACUAGAGGGAGUGUACAAGGAUGUAUCCCCGGUUCUGUAUUAUCACUGGCUCGGGCCGAGCUUCAUCACCAUCUUCAUCAUCACUAGCACCUGGCUCAUUGUUGUCAUGGCAGGAGAACGAUAUCUCGCUGUCUGUCAUCCUUUUAAAGCCAGAAAGAUCAUCUCCUUAAAGCGAACGAGGAUCACCAUCUCACUCGUCUAUACUGUGUGUAUAAUGCUUUCACUUCCACUGUUUUUUGAAAAUGUUAUCACAGAAACAAGGUGCUUCAACAACAGUUUUCGAUACAAAAUUGAAAGUCGAAGUGAGUUUGGAGAUGAAUUUGUUCCCAUUCGUCGUAUGAUAUGGGCAGUUCUGUUUGAUUUCCUUCCAAGUGCUGCCUUGUUGUAUUUCAACAUCUGUUUAAUCUGGAAAAUCCACAAAGCAAAAAAGAUCCGGCGUGAAAUGGCUCCGGGUCAGAGUAAGGACAUGGUGAUAUACCGUCACGGCCGCGAGAAUACAUCAACACACACAGAACGGGACUACACACAGCUUCAGUCUAUGGUUCACAAUAAAUCUACCGUUGUUACACGACAUAACGGCCAUUCCUAUAACAUCACAACAGUCAAGAAAGUGCCUGGAAAACCACAUUUCAAAUGUCGUUUUGCAAAUGCCAAGUUGAAGAAACGUCAUUCCGAAAGCGCCCUGAAUAGUGUCACAGCAACCCUUGUGGCUGUCGUUGUUUUGUUCCUCGUACUCGUAUCUCCCUCAGAGGUGUUAAAAUUCACAUACGCUAAACUCAAUGAGGGCAAGGUUGGACCAAAAUACACCAGUAAGAUGAUAACUUACGUAACAAAUUUCAUGCAAGCGCUCAAUUUCUCCUUCAACUUUGUGCUGUACUGUGCCGUAAACAAGUCUUUCCGCGAUACUCUGGCCAGUAUCUUUUGUUUCUGCUCAAUUCGUAAUUUCAAUGAUCCUGCCACAACCAGACUUCAUCAAUCCACAGAUGUACAUGAGCUGUCGUAGACGUAAAAGUCAGACACAGAACUUGAUUUAAUAUUGAAGGCUUGUAAAUGUGGUGUAUCCAGUUUACACACAGUUCUGUUUAAUCCAGAAACCUGUUUUUACCAAACCCUGUUUAAUCCAGAAACCUGUUUUUACCAAACCCUGUUUAAUCCAGAAACCUGUUUUUACCAAACCCUGUUUAAUCCAGAAACCUGUUUUUACCAAACCCUGUUUAAUUUGAAAUCCUGAAGUCAUACUGUACAU